AUUUCAAAGUCGUGAAUUUAUAUUUUAGAGCAGAGAACUUGUUUUAAAAUAGCGAAUUUGUAACCGCAGCACAUUCUUGCAUCGCAGUAUUUCGUGAUUGUAACAGAUUUCUUAACCUCAAUAGUCAUUUAAUAUUUCGGUUCGCGGGGUAGAGUGACAUUUCUUGUAAAUUUUUUAUUUUAACACAAAAACGCAUCGAUUAAGUAUAUUUUUAUAAAAAUUCGAGUUGAGGGAACUCUUCUUAACAUUUACCUAAACACACCUUACAUUUAUUUAAAAUGGACGAAGAAAUAAUACAAUUGCGUGCUCUGAAAGAACAUCUCCUGAAAAAGAUUGUUUACUUGGAAGACAGAUUGAAGGAUCAAGAAGAAAAUGGACGUAAAGAAUCAAUCAAUUUCAACACCACGCUGUUUCCUGAUGAUGAUGAUCACAAACUGUCGGAAUCUUUAUCUGCCAAGUAUGAAGCUAAAUUAUGUGAUAUUACAGCUCAAGUGACAGGAAUAACAUUCGACAAUGUCGAUAGAAAGUUGUUACGUAAUGAUAUUUAUAUAUAUACAGCUAAAGUAAUAACAAAAACAAUCUCCUUUGAUAUUGAAUUAACAGUGAUUUUGAAGUAUUUAAAUGAUGAUUUUAAAAUUGAGAACAUAACAUGUUAUUUCAAUAAAAAUAUCCAUGAUUGUUACAUAUUGGAAAUAUCCCCUUGGUUUAAGAAAAUUACAAAUAUGAAAAACUUUUCUCUUCUUAUGUCUGCACUUUCUGAUUACAAUGCAAAGAAUAUUUUUAGAUCUAAAAUUCUACAUAGUUUAGAAAUACAGAAAUAUGCAAGCUCUGAGCAAUGUACUCAGGAAAACGGAGGUAUAUUAGUAUAUGUACAUUCAUCUGUAGAUACAGAGAAAAGCUAUGUAAUAUUUCAAUGGACAAUGAAAUUUUUGGACUUGACAUGGCAGAUUGAACAUUUCUUUACAGUAAAGUCUACAGACAUAGGAAUGGAGUUUUCUGAAGAAAAUCGGUCUUUAUUAAAAGAAUUUUGUGAAUUUGGCUUGACAGAAAACAGUCUUGUAGAGUUGUGGGAGAAAUUGUGCAUUGCUAUUGAUAAUUAUGCUGGAAAAAGUACCUGA